GCUGUCAGGCCAUAAACCAGGCUGACCCCUCGGCUCAGGGCAGCCUGCUUGCAGACUCGGCUCCCACAUCAGCAGUCAUGAACGGAGGUCACAACAGCACGGAUCUGCUAGUGCCUGGAAUCCCCUCUGUGACUCAGGCCUGGGGACUGUGGGCCCUCUUAGGGGCUGUGACGCUGCUGCUUCUCAUCUCACUGGCUGCACACUUGUCCCGAUGGACUAGUAGCCAGAGCAGGAGCCAACCAGGACAGGGACGCUCUGGAGGCUCUGUGGAAGAAGUCCCCCUGUAUGGGAACCUGCAUUAUCUGCAGACAGGACGGCUGUCUCAAGAACCAGGGCCAAACCAGCAGGAUCCAACACCUGGAGGCCCGGCCAGGGCUGCAGAGGAGGUGAUGUGCUACACCAGCCUGCAGCUGCGGCCUCUUCAGGGCCGGACUCCCAGCCCUGGAGCCCCUAUCAAGUACUCAGAGGUGGUGCUGGACUCUGAGCCAAAGCCCCAGGCCUCGGGCCCCGAGCCAGAGCUCUACGCCUCAGUAUGUGCCCAGACCCGCAGAGCCCGGGCUUCGUUCCCAGACCAGGCCUAUGCCAACAGCCAUCCUGCACCCAGCUGAGGUGGAGGGCUGGCACAGUGCGGCAUGCAGCACCCCAGCCUCCUCUGUUGCAGAGGUUACUGCUACCCUGUCCGGGGCAUGGCUGUUUCCCAACCACCCCCCAACGACUGGCAGCCAUUGUCCAGUCACUGGAGGUGAUGUUCCCCCAAACUUGCUGUCUGAGCUGUGAGGGAGACAUCUCAAGGGAACCGCAGGCCCCCCAGUUUCUUGAGGGUGGAGGAAGCAACAGCAGUGGCCCCCUCCCCACCUCUUUUUAUCUCUAUAUAUCCGUCUCAGCCCCCAAACUCCCAGGUAUUCACUUCCUCCUUCUAGAGUUUAACCAGAUCCUCCCCACUCCUGCUCCCCCAUAGUCUACCCCUGACACCUCAGUGGCUCCUCAGACACAGGAAGUGGGCAGUGGGUGAGGGGGUAAGAGCUUGAGAGGACAUGGGUGGGUGUACUCCUUGGGAGCCCACAGGCUGGAGGGGUCAUGGGAUCCAGCCCCCUGAGUUCUGAUCUGAGAACCCUGGCGGGAGAAUAUGUCUCCACCCUGCUGCCUCUGUCAUGGCCCCAAGUCUUCAAAUAAAACUUCUCAAAAAG